AUGACAGUAAAGGUAGCCGAUUUUGGGUUAAGUAAGCGUGGUCAAAAACAUACUAUUGACGUAAACCAACCAACAAAUCUUCGCUGGUUGGAUCCAGAUUCCUUUAGAAGCAAGUCUGUUGACAAAUUGACUGAUGUUUAUGCUUUUGGUAUAACCCUUUUUGAAGUCUUCAGUCGACCAUAUGAAUUUCCAUAUGCUAAAUGGAGUGGGCAAAAGGUCUACGAGCAAGUCAUUAAUGUUCCCAAGUCUAAAAGGAAGAGAUUAAAUACUCCCGAUGGAAUGCCUGUUGCUUUUGUUAGUUUAAUGAAAGAAUGUAUGAAAUUUGAUGAGGAUAGGGAUAAACGACCUUCAUUUGAACAAAUUGAGAAAAUUGUUGAUAAUUUAUAUAGAAAGAUGUAGAAAAGAAAUAUUUUUUGUUUGGAUUUUUCUUGUAGAUU